AUGAACCCAGAAGGCUCCGAGCUUCUCCCAGAGCGCAGCAGCUUGCUGAAGGAAGUCCUGGAGUAUGUCCUGUGCACAGUGAGCAGGGAGGACCUGCUAGUCCUGCUGACUGACCCUCAGGCCUGGGCGACAUUUGUGGCUAAGGCUGAUUUCUCCAGGACAUUCUACGGCUUGGUGAUCACGCUCAGCAGCCAGGCACAUCAGGCAGCUCUGUGGGAGGAGGCAGUUGCGCUGCGGGAAGAGCUGAGCCAGUUGAGUGAUGAAGACAUGCGCCAAAAAGAGCAGGAGGGCAGGGAGAAGCUUUUGCAAGUCUUCCCUCACAUGAAGGUGAAGCUUGAGGAGCACAUAGCUCAGCUCCUCCAGCUUGCAGACAAAGCUGGCAAGAUACACAGAGACUGUACCAUCUCCAAUGUGGUGAGCAACUCCACGGGCAUUGUGUCCGGCAUCCUGACCAUCCUGGGGCUGUCACUGACACCCGUGACCGCAGGGGCCAGCCUGGUCUUGUGUGCAACUGGGAUGGGGCUGGGGAUAGCCACCACUCUGACCAAGGUGUCCACGAGCAUUGUGGAACAGUGGCGCAUGUUAUCAUUAAAAUCUAAAGCCCAACCCAUGGCAUCAGAUCAAAAAAACAAAGGGGAGUUGCCGGAGCAGAUUGCAAAUAAGGACAUACCCAAAAUUUUUUCUCUAGUAGAGAAUAUUAUCAACGGUCUGGAAGACAUUGAGAAGUGCAAAAAUCUCAACAAUUUCACCAAAAUUAAACAGGCAGUAGCUGGCCUCCUGUCCAGUAAACGUAUGUCAGCCCAAGGCUCCAGGCCCCUCAACAUAAUCCUUGAAGCCACUCCUCAGGCCUUGGGCAAAGCAGCCCGAGUCAUGGGUAUUUUCUCCACAGUCUUCUUCCUGGGGGUAGAUGUGUUCUUCCUUGUUAAAGACUCAAAGCACUUGCACGAGGGGGCCAAGCUAGAGUCGGCUGAGACGCUGAGGCAGCAGGCCCGGGACCUGGAGAGGAUGCUGGAGAUGCUCGGCCAGAUCCACAGGAGUCUGCGGCAGGACCCGGCCCCGUGA